AUGUUUAUCAAAUUGAUAACUGAUCUUUUUUUAAGCAAAAACUCCACUAGUUCAACUACCUCAACAAGCACAACGAGUUCUACAUCAACUACAACAACAACUACCACCACUACUACGACAACUACGGCCAUACCUUGUGCAUGGUCACAAUGGGUCAGUGGUCCGUGCAGCGUCACAUGUGGUAAUGGCGUAUAUAGACGGCAGCGUAACUGUAUUGACACAACUGGUGUUUCUUGCGAUAGGUGCGAGGAGCCGUCAACUUCAAUCAAUAGCACUCGGCCUUGUUUCUAUCCUACUUGUUAA